AUGUCGUACGGAGAUAAAAUGUCGUACGGACAAGCUAAAAUGUCGUAUGGACAAGACAAAAUGUCGUAUGGACAAAAUAAAAUGUCGUAUGGACAAGAUAAAAUGUCGUGUGGACAAGAUAAAAUGUCGUACAAUCAAGAAAAAACGUCGUACGGACAAGAUAAAAGAUCGUACGGACAAGAUAAAAUGUCGUACGGUCAAGAUAAAAUGUCGUAUGGACAAGAUAAAAUGUCGUAUGGACAAGAAAAAAGAUCGUAUGGACAAGCUAAAAUGUCGUAUGGACAAGAUAAAAGAUCGUACGGAGAAGAUAAAAUGUCGUAUGGACAAGAUAAAAUGUCGUACGAUCAAGAUAAAAUGUCGUAUGGACAAGCUAAAAUGUCGUAUGGACAAGACAAAAUGUCGUAUGGACAAGAUAAAAUGUCGUAUGGUCAAGAUAAAAUGUCAUACGAUCAGGAUAAAAUGUCGUACGGAGAUAAAAUGUCGUAUGGACAAGAUAAAAUGUCGUACGGUCAAGUUAAAAUGUCGUAUGGACAAGCAAAAAUGUCGUAUGGACAAGAUAAAAUGUCGUAUGGACAAGAUAAAAGAUCGUAUGGACAAGCUAAAAUGUCGUACGGACAAGAUAAAAGAUCGUACGGAGAAGAUAAAAUGUCGUAUGGACAAGCUAAAAUGUCGUACGGACAAGAUAAAAGAUCGUACGGAGAAGAUAAAAUGUCGUAUGGACAAGAUAAAAUGUCGUACGAUCAAGAUAAAAUGUCGUAUGGACAAGCUAAAAUGUCGUAUGGACAAGACAAAAUGUCGUAUGGACAAGAUAAAAUGUCGUAUGGACAAGAUAAAAGAUCGUACGGACAAGAUAAAAUGUCGUGUGGACAAGAUAAAAUGUCGUAUGGACAAGAUAAAAUGUCGAACGAUCAGGAUAAAAUGUCGUACGGAGAUAAAAUGUCGUAUGGACAAGAUAAAAUGUCGUAUGGACAAGAUAAAAUGUCGUAUGGACAAGAUAAAAUGUCGUACGGUCAAGUUAAAAUGUCGUAUGGACAAGCUAAAAUGUCGUAG